GAAGUGUGCACGAGCGGGUUCCAUGGCAUGGAUAGCUCUUAAAACGCAGCAAUUUUUAUUUUCUUUAAAAUUUCAGUUGUUAAAUGCUUAAAACAGCACUGACUAUUGUUUUAAUUCUUUGUCUUAUUUCAGACAUAACAUUCGAGUGAAAUGGAAAUCAAUGAGAGUGAACAUGUUAGCUUAAGCUUUAUAUUGUUUGCUAAGUCAUAAAGUUUGUUUGUUUGUUUGUUUUAAUUAAAGAAAUUAAAAUGGCGUCCAACUCUCACGACGAGCUUCAACUCAGCAAGAAACACGAGGAAAUUUUGGGGAAGAGAGCUGUUUUACUGCAACAGAUGGAGAUUUGCUAUGAGCAGCAGAAAGCCAAGAAAAAGCAUCAAGCCACGAUGUUCCAAGCUGCACGUGAAAGGAAUGCAGAAAUACUGGAGGAUUUCCAGAAAUUGGAAGAACGUCUUCGGACACGACCGCUGUUGCAUCCUGACGUUCUCAGCCUACAGACUCGUUAUUGGGCCUCAGUGGAACAGAAGCUUCCAGAAUGGGAAAGCUACAUGCUCGGGAAGGGUCAAGCCCCGAUGAGUGAAGAGAUGUUCUUACAAGGACUCCAGAAACAGAAAGGUACUGAAAAUGACUCUUCAUCUGCACGGACUAAGGGCAGACCUCCUCGACCCAAACCCAGGUCUGCUGACUGAUGUGAAUUAGAAGGUAGGGUUCAACCAAGGAGCUCGUAUCUGAAAUUAUAUCAUAUACUGCACUGCAUACAAAUGUGUCAGCAAUGAGUUUAUUUUUAAAUUUAAUUUUUGAACAAGUGCCAGUUUUGGCAGUAGCACUUCUAUGAAAGGCUGGCGCUCCUGUUAAUUUUCAGUUUUGCUCCACGCACACUCUUAUUGUGCGUACUAUAUGGUGAGCGUUAAUGAUGUGCUCGACCUGUUCGCUUGAGAUUUCAUCACCUGUCUCGCUCAGUUCAAACGCGGAUAUUUAAGUGCUCAUAAGUAUUAAAAAGCGAAGGCAGUAUUUCCUUCGAGCAUGACAUAACACAUUUCCGUGUGUCUCCUGUGUUAAAUAUCAAGAUCUGGGGCGACUCGUUUGCUCUUGGGAGGAGGUGUAUGAAAGAUAAGAGUGCUUUUGCGUUUCACUUGAGUAGUUCGUGAUGGAGAGACAUUUUUGUAUUUUGCACUUCCUGUGAAAAGUAUUUUUUUAAUAGUUGCCACGUCCAAAUGCAGUCACUCAGACGAGGUCUAUAAAUGUCAACUUGGACUUCAGGAAUAAAAUAAUUUACACUCUUAAAUUUGUCUACAAGAUAAACCACUUUGGACUUAAAGGACUUGAUCAAACAGCAAAUAAAUGUCUCUGAGGUAUGGCAGGUUGGUGUAAAAUUGUGCAGUGAUGGAGUCUUUCCACAAGGUGGCAGUACAGGCCAUCAGUGACACAAACCAUUAAACCUCAACAGAUAUUUGUCAUGAAUGUAUGCAUCACGUCCUGUAAGUAUGUUUGCUGAAUGAAUUAAUUGAUCUUGUGGUUUACAGUCAUACAGUAUCUCUAAUCGUCAUGCUAUUUUAUGUUUAAUGAGUUUAUUGACUGACUUGUGCCAUGAAUUUGUGAUGUGUGUUGAUGUGAUACCUGUUCUUUUGGGAUCAUGAAGAUGAAAAUGAUUUAAACUCUCAUAUGCAAUUUCAGAUCCAGUAAAAAGGAUCCAUCAUGUAUUGAUAAAAGUUAAUUUUAAAGGAUUUAAGAUGCUGUUUGUAGUAGUAAUAAUAAAAUAAAAGCAAUUUCAGUUAAUUAAAGCAAAGAACAAGUACUACCUGGGGUCUGGGGUGGGUUUUUUUUUUUUUGUGUGUGUGUGUGUGUGUGUGUGUUACGGUGGUGGAAAUCAAUCACAUAAUACAAAGUUAUAAUCAUUGAUUGUUUAUCCUGUAGAUAUUAGACAGUUUGAUCAUGACAAUUUAAUGGGUUUAAUCCAUAAUAAACGUCAAAGAAUUAAACAAAAAAGCUCUAGGUUUCCAGGAAAUUACUGUCCAUAUCUAAAUACUUGGAUUAUGUUUCUGUUCCUGACUGCAAAAAGUGAUAAAUCAUAGCUCAUGCGUAGAUAUUUUACUACUUUGUGUUAAACUUGAUGGAAGUUGUGGUCUUUUUACUUUCCAAUACACUGUGUUCACCACUUGGUACGUUUUUGACGAGCUUCAGAACCUUAUAUUAAAGUGCAUAUCACGGGUAAAUUCAGGAGCAAGAUCAAUGUAAUUCUCCUGUUUUAUAUUAAACUUUGGUGAAAUAUCUGUCACAUUUUGCAUUUUGUGCAAUUUUUUUUUUACCUUGCGCAAUACCAGAAAAAUUCAGUUGAAAUCAAGCCAUUUGAGGCGAAUUGGUCCGCCUCUGAAAAAACUUUGCAUUUGGAUUUCCGGGGAAACAUUGAUUUUCGUGACGUCACGUGCGGAACGCCUCUUUCUGAAUCCUACGUCAGUGCUGGUUUGUUUAUGAGAAAACGACCUGGUGGUUUUCUGCAAAUUUCUUCAACGUUGUCGCGUAAUUAUUAAAAUGGUUAAUAGAUGUAUGGUAGGAGGGUGUAGCAACACCAAUCUUGAUGGGAUUAGUACUCAUCGUUUCCCAAAAGACCGGACAAUGAGAGAGAAAUGGGAGCGCUUGGUCUACACAGGCUGUGCACUGAAACCAUGCAAAGCUCUCGCAGCCUGCUGGCGCUUCCGCAGGUGACGUCACGAUUCUGGCUCCAGACUCCCUUGGGAUUUUUCCAGACGCGUUUUGUUAUUUUAUUUUUUUCUGCUGUAGACAGAUGGCCUUGUGCAAAAUUACCCUUCUGGAUGAGUGUAUAAAGGAACAUACUUUGAUAUAAAAAAAACCCCCCGAAAUUGGUCCAGAAUAUGCACUUUAAGGUUCACAAACCAGUAGCCAGCUCGACCUCAGGCCACUUUCUUUUACUGUUUUUUACAUGUUCCUUAAACUGCCACAUGGACAUGCAAGUGUGGUCAUCUCUCAGAAAUUGUCCUUAUCUAAAACAAGCUUGCAUAAUUAUGCAGAUCUGUUUUUGAAUGUGGCUGUCUUUUUUUCCUGAGCUCUUGGUAACGAUGAAGUCAUGACUCCUUUAUGGCUCAAAUCCUCAAUGAGUGCUCUCUCUGUUCACAGUAAUUGCUCUUCUUUUGUCUCUUUGAAGACUAAUUUUAAGGUCAGCCACUUGGCGUAUAUUCACCAUAACUCGGUGAUAAUAGCAGUGGCCCGAUGCCCAACAUAUGUCGUGAGAUUAGGUGUGUUUAGGUGCUUUGAUUGUAAAAACUUGAUAGAUAUGAAUUGAAUGAUUCCAGAAAGCAUUUCGAUGCUGCAAAGAGAACGGUGAUGAAAUAAUUCAUGUUAAGAUUGAGGGUUUUUUUUUUUCUUGCACCAAAUCAAAUAUGUUGCACUUUCUAUCUGUCUCCUUUUCUCAUUCUUUGUCACAUCAUUCCCCUCUGUCGCUCUCACUGUGUACUGACCAACAUGGCAGUCCCUGGAUCAAGCCCUAAUUGCGAUGAUCAGACCUGCGCUGGGUGACUCGGAGUGGCGGCUUGACAAAUGCAAUCAUCCGGAUGGCCGGGGUUGAAGUGGCGCUGGUUGGCAGCUGCCCAUGUUCCUCAGCUGGGACUCGCUCUUGCCCCGGAGGUCAGGGCACCAGUCACCCUGAUGAGUGGGUAGGGAACAAGAGUCUGGGGUGCCAAGGUGGGGGUAGUUAUCAAGAUGCUGAAUUAUCUAAAAAGGUUUUGAAGAGCACGAUCUGGAACCCUUCCAAAUGACUAGUUAUGUGUUGUGUAUACUCAUGAAGAAACCCCUCGAGCUAGUUUGGCCAUGGACACCACCAUGAAGGAGAGGGACAGAACAGAGUGAGUGGGAGACAAAUGCAUACCUGGGCUCUGGCCAGCUCUCCGUACUUGAUGUCUUUAUUUCAUUACAGGGGUGCACCAUCCGAUCAUCAAUUGUGUUCAUUUCUUGUUAAGGUGUUGCUGUUCAUCAAAGCUCAUCCACUUUAAUUAACUAGAUUUAUGAGGCAAUAAUUUCUAUCCACGCAUCGCCAUUAUGUUGAUUGAGACUGCAAACACUUGUGACUCUCGUCCGCCACCUGUUAUUUGGUCAGUCAACAGCACAUUGUACUGCACGUAUAAUCCCGCAAUCUACUUCCCUGAUCUUAGCCCAUGUGUUAAACUGAAGAUCGGCUUUAGGGUAGAUCUGCAGGUCCGAGUUAAUUAACCUCCAUCUUUUGUGACAUAAGUGAAGGGGGGGGGGGGAUCCUGGGUCAGAGGAUUAACACCGGACAUCUCGGCAUUAGCAUUCCUGCCAAACAAUGAGACUGUUUCCAGAUCAGUUUUGAAUAGUAUCCAGAAAGGACAUUUUAAUAGACUUUUAUUGACUGAAUCCUUGCACAGAUGUUUUCUCCUUGGAGGAUAAGCAGCCCUAGUUAUGUUCCCAUUUAUUUUAAAUUGUCAGGCUGUCUGCAUUGAUAGUUGUCUAAUGGGGGAUUUGGGAGGAGGAGGUGGAGGGGGAGACUUGUGAGAGCUCGAGUGAAUGAGGAGCAGAUUGUUUUGAGGUCAGGCCUUCUUCUCCCACCCCCCACCCCCUCCCCCCAAACAGACUGUGUGUAACGUGUUGGGCGAGAGGACAGAAGUUCCCCUUCAGCUGCCUAGCCUCAAGGGCCAAAGACUGCUUCUGAACGGAGGUCAUGCCAGAGACUGACAUUGAUGUUAUUCCAGCGGGGCAGAGAGCCCACGUUCUGCUCCCAUGCUGCUGCCUGGAGACCUCUAAGCCAUAAAGCACCUUCUCAGAGCGUGCCCUUGACGAUUCAAGGCCUUGUGGGUGUGCAGGAUGGCUUCAACUCAAAAGCAGAAGCCGCCUUUGCACCCACUGAGGGCCUGGAAGAGCAUAAACAACUGAUGUGUGAUGUUUUAUCGAGACACCUGUUCAUGACUAUAUUGUGGGAUUUCGUUUGUGUUCUAAUUAUCAGGUUUGCUUUGCGAUCUGCACAAUGUACCUCUUUUUACCCAUCCUUUUUUCCUUUCUUUUUUUAAUGCGAAACUUUUCAGUUUUUGCUUCUGAACGGGGGUCAUGACCGAAGUGCAAGCUCAAAAGUAUACUUGUUAGGGGGUUGUGUUUUCAUUUUUUCGUUUUCUC